ACAACUUCCGGCAGAGCCGCCUCUGAUGCAAUGGAAACAGGGACCGCACCUGCGACCCCAGCGCCUCUGCCCAAUGCCGCGAUGGAGACUGGAGAAGGUGGUAAUGCCGAGACUGUUGAUGCUCCUGAGCCUGUUGAUGCUCCUGAGCCUGUUGAUGCUCCUGAGCCUGUUGAUGCUCCUGAGACUGUUGAUUCUCCUGAGCCCUCUGGGCCCGCCACGAGUGACAGUAGCCUUGCCGCGGAACGUGGAACAUCUCUUCAUGAUUUCCUUUCAGAGAUGGAAGAUGAUAAUGCCAAAAAUGACGAACUUGCCCAGAUUCUGGAUGGUUUGACUGAGCAACAACUCAAUCAACCAGACGGAGACGGGCAGACUCCUCUACACAUUGCUGCAAGCCGCGGCUUACUGGGCGCAACGGAAAAGUUACUAGCCAAGGGUGUGAGAGAUUCAAUAAAACACAGCGACGGUAUGGGACGCCAGCCCUUGCACUGCGCUUGCAUGUCAGGGCAGAAAGAGAUUGUGAACCGGCUUUGGGCCCUCGGUGCAGAUUUGGAGGCCAAGGGACCUAACGGACGCACACCACUAGGCGAAGCAUGCUAUUGGGAGAAACUUGACGUAGUGAGCGAACUACUCGCACAUCAGGCCAAAGUGAACGUAGCAGACGAGGAUAAUCGUUCACUUUUAAUGAUGGCAGUUAUGGACAGCAACAUCGAUAUAGUCAAGCGCCUCUUAGAAGAGGAACAUUUGGACUUGAACUAUUGCGAAAAUGGCUGGACUGCACUGCAUAGGGCCGCAUAUUGGGGCCAGGAGGAAAUUGUGGACAUCCUGUUGGAGAAGGGAGCAAGCACCAGUAUCCAGGACAAUGAUGGUUGGACACCACUAUACGCUGCUACUUGCGGCAAGGAAGCCACAAUCGUUAAGAGGCUUCUUUACACCCUUGAAGGAGACAAGAGGAAUACCAAGGAGUUGGAGACACCUGGCGAGGAAGGUUAUACACCCCUUCUCGCAGCAAUUGAGCGCAGGUAUAUGGAAAUUGUGAGCCUUCUCAUUGAAGCCGGAGCAAACUGCAAUGCGGAAGAUGAACAAGGGCGACGGGCCUUGCACCAUGCAACUAUUCAAGGAGACGAAUCCAUUGUCUCGUUAUUUAUCGAACGUGGGGUAGACUGCAAUGCCCAGGAUAAAGAAGGUCGUCGGGCUUUACACUAUGCAAGUGAUGAAGGAUACGACUCUAUUGCCCUACUGCUUAUUCGAGAUGGAGGAGCCGACCACGAUGCCGCGGAUAAACAAGGGCGCCGAGCUUUGCACUAUGCAAGUGCCCAAGGAAACAGUUCUAUUAUUACAUUGUUACUUGAAAAGGGGGCAGACUGUGAUGCCGAGGAUAAACAAGGGCGCCGGGCUUUGCAUGAUGCAAGUGUUCAAGGAAACGAUAUCAUUGUUUCAUCCCUACUUGAACAUAGAGCAAUGGUGAACCCAAGAGACAAAGACCGGAAGACCCCGCUUCAACUCGCGUUCAAAGCCGACCAAAGGCAUGAAUGGGAUAAGCGAGAUGAAAUAAUGAGAAGUUUUCUCAUAUUCAGUGAUCUAAACACAACAGAGCUUGGAAUAGAGGGGGUGAAAGAUGAUGUUCUGGUGUGGGCCGCCAACAGUUCCGACAGGCACGAUAUUGCCACAUUACUUAUGAAGAAGGACCCAGGAGUUGUUGAGCCGCCAAAUUCUGGAAAAUGGAGCGCAAUCGAGCAGGUGCUCAAGUCGGAAGAAAUUAAGAGGCAGCGAGCUCUCAUGGAUGGAGGCGAGGGCGAGAUUCUACUCAAAGGCAAAAUGACUGCCGGACCCCGUGAUAGCAAAAGGGCUGAAGGGUACAAAACACUUGAAGACAUUUUGGAGGACCCUCCGUUUGCACAGUAUACCGAAAGCGAGCAGAUCCAAAUGCGGGAACUUAGCGACGACCAAUCCCAGGUUUCUGAUGGCAAUGGCCCGGCGAAGAUUAUGGAGGAUAAAAUGACGAGACUCAAGGAGCUGAAAAAAACAAUUCAAGGCAUGUAUACGAACGCGGACAAUCAGAGAAUUCUUGAGACGGCAGAUAUCACUUCUGACCCCAGGUUCACGUGGAUUCACUUACCAUCAGCAAAUAUGGAUUGGAUGGAUGUGAGCAGUCUCAUGUUUAUGAUCUCGAGACCUGCAGAGAAACUGACAACUGUUGGAAACAAAAUUGAGAGGGACGCGACAUCCAAAGCUGAGCAUCGAAGCAUGGAUGCCAAAGGCCAACAGGAUCCAAGCAAAAACGAUGUGGAUAUUGCCAUGAAAGGAAACCACCAGAAGACAACUAAGAUGGAUGCGAACAGCGAUUUUGUGGCAGCGUCGGCUACAUAUGGACAAGAUGAGACAAUAUUGUUCAAACAAUUGACUAAGCAACCUUCUGUGUCGGAACAUACGGGUAAGCUACGUAACGCGAUUGUGCAGCAUUUACUGAACGCGAUCUUCGGCGGAGUUGAGAUUAGAAAAGCAAUCAAACAGGCCGAAAAGCUUUCCUGCGACGUUAAAGAUAUUCGAGAUGAGCUCAACAUUCUCAAAUCCGUCGUCACAUAUCAAAAGGAUAUCCAGGGUAAAUUAAACGACGCAGUCGAGAAGGAAGUUCGAUCAAAUCUUACAGCAAAGUACGUUGAAGGCGACAUCAAUGGAAUGGAUAAGGUUGCAGAAAGGAUUCAGUCUUCGGUCGAUACAACUCUGACUCUUCAGCAAGGGCAGGAGACUGUGAAGCAAGGACGUACUUUGAUGGUCUUCACAGUGCUACCGCUUUCAUUUCUCUCUUCACUUUUUGCACUGGACGUGGCGUCUUUCCAGGAAACCCCCGGUUGGGCAUUUGCAGUUAUCUUUUCCGUCUCACUUGCCUGCGUUAUACCACUAGCCACUUAUGCCUUGUUCUCAGAUGACUUCACCGACUUGUUGUCGAGAAUGCGAGAGGCGUUCAAGAGGGCGAAGCAGGAAUUGAAAAAGAAAUCGGAAAAGGAAUCAAAAACGAAAUCGAAAAAGGACUUUGCUUUGGCCCUUAGAGAAAGAUUAACGGCAUUAGUCCCAUUCAAGCGGAAGACACAUGAAUCGGAUUUAGAGGCUGAGAAGCACGAGGAUGUUUGA